AUGUCUCACAACCAACACCCCCUUUCCGCCCACAGCCAAGCGGCGCCCACAUCGCCGGCCGAAUAUGGGGUAGCACUGCCGCAGCGUCCGCCACCAUUAUCUCGCUCUGCUCCUGCGCCGACAGUCGAGCCGCCAUUAGUACCGCCGACGACAGUAGCGGUUGCGGCGACAGCGUCAACAAUCGAGUCAGCGGUAGACUCUCUAUCCCCAUCCUCAACAGCAGCCAUGCCAGACGAUGUGCCCCCCCACCUGCAACUGACGUACCUCGAGCGGUGGGCUGUCGACGCCUCAGACUCACGCUUCAACGCGCUGGCUGGAGCCAUCGGCGGUUUUGCCUCGGGCAUCGUCACCUGCCCGCUGGACGUCAUCAAGACGAAGUUGCAGGCGCAGGGGGGGUUCAGCACGCGCGGUGCCCACCAGACGAGGGUCUACAAGGGCCUGUUCGGAACUGCUAGCGUCAUCUGGCGGGAGGAGGGCCUCAGGGGGAUGUAUAGAGGGUUAGGGCCUAUUAUCAUGGGGUAUCUCCCGACGUGGGCGGUGUGGUUCACGGUAUAUAAUAAGACGAAGAAAGUGCUGGGGGAAUAUCAUUCCAACUCCUUCGUAGUAAACUUCUGGUCCUCCAUCAUCGCCGGAGCAAGCAGCACGGUCGCCACCAAUCCCAUUUGGGUCAUCAAAACCCGCCUCAUGUCCCAAUCUAACCCGCACUCCCGAUCCGCCUCCUCCAUCCCCCUAUUACCUCCCAAGGGCCCCGGCGCCGGCAACACUCCGACUUCCCGCCCCGUUCACUAUCACCCCUGGCACUACAAGUCCACCUGGGACGCCGCCCGCAAGAUGUACACGACCGAGGGCAUCCUCUCGUUCUACUCCGGUUUAACUCCCGCUCUGUUGGGGUUGACACACGUGGCAGUACAGUUCCCUGCCUACGAAUUCCUCAAAGUGAGGUUUACCGGGCGCGCGAUGGGUGCGUCCGCUCCUGAGGGUGAGGAUGAUAAAGGACACUGGUUUGGGAUCUUGAGCGCAUCGAUUCUGUCGAAAAUUUUGGCGAGCUCGGCGACUUACCCGCAUGAAGUGAUUCGUACGAGGUUGCAGACGCAGAGGAGGCCGAUUCCGGGGCAGGAGUAUAUGGAGGGGCUUGGGGGGUUGACGACGCAGCCGGCGAUGGGCAAUGGUGUCUCACUCCCCGAGAAAGGGUCAAGUGAGGUGAAAGUGCAGCACCAGGGACCAAAGUAUAAGGGGAUUAUCUCGACGUUUAGGACGAUGUUGCGCGAGGAAGGGUGGCGAGCGUUCUAUGCGGGGAUGGGCACGAAUAUGAUGAGGGCAGUGCCUGCAGCUACGGUGACCAUGUUGACGUAUGAGUAUGUCAUGAGGAGGCUGAAUCAUGUUAGGGCUAGUGGGAAUGGGAAGUUGGCGAUGAUUGAAGCGGGGAGGGGGGAGUUUGGGUCAUAG